CGAGCGCCUUGCGUCCUGCAUCACCUCGCUAUAUGAGACCGGGCGCGGAUACAGAUGCAGAUUUCUUGAACAGCCGCACAAAUGGAUGGAACCGAAACGAACCGGAGAAACUGCGCGAAAAUGGAGCAACAGAAGAUGUUAGACUCCGGAGGAAACCAAAGUGGAUCUAACGACAGAGUGACUCUCAAAAAAGAAAUUGGACUCUUGAGCGCGUGCGCCAUAAUUAUAGGCAACAUCAUUGGCUCAGGGAUCUUCAUCUCUCCAAAGGGGGUUCUAGAUCAUGCAGGUAGUGUGGGGUUCUCACUCAUUGUGUGGGUUCUAGGAGGAGGGAUCUGUGCCUUGGGAUCUCUUUGCUAUGCCGAGUUGGGUGUCACCAUCCCCAAAUCAGGUGGAGACUACUCAUACGUCACUGAGAUCUUCGGGGGACUGGUGGGGUUCUUGUUGCUGUGGAGUGCUGUGUUGAUCAUGUACCCAACAACUCUGGCUGUGAUUGCUCUCACCUUCUCCAACUAUGUGCUGCAGCCUGCCUUCGCUAACUGUAUGCCUCCAUACAUCGCCACCCGGCUCCUCGCAACCACCUGUGUCUUGUUCCUGACUUGGGUGAACUGCUCCAGUGUGCGCUGGGGCACACGGAUCCAGGAUAUUUUCACUGUGGGGAAACUGCUAGCCCUUGUCCUCAUCAUUGUAGUGGGAAUGAUCCAGAUUGCCAAAGGACACUAUGAUGCAUUGGAGCCCCAGACAGCGUUUGAAUUCAUGAAGGAUCCAUCAGUGGGGCAGAUUGCUCUGGCCUUCCUGCAGGCCUCAUUUGCCUACAGUGGAUGGAACUUCCUGAACUAUGUCACUGAAGAGUUGGUUGAGUCUCGCAAGAACCUUCCACGUGCAAUCUACAUCUCAAUCCCCCUGGUGACGCUCGUCUACACUCUCACCAACAUUGCGUACUUCUCCUCCAUGUCCCCUCAAGAGCUGCUGGAUUCGAACGCUGUCGCUGUGACAUUUGGAGAGAAGCUGCUCGGAGUGUUUUCCUGGGUUAUGCCCAUCUCUGUAGCUCUUUCCACCUUUGGAGGGAUCAACGGAUACUUGUUUACAUCUUCUAGGUUGUGUUUCUCAGGCGCCAGAGAGGGUCACCUGCCCUACCUGCUGGCUAUGAUCCACCUUAAGAGCUGCACACCAAUCCCUGCACUACUCGUUUGUUGUACGGCUACCAUAGUGAUCCUGUGCAUCGGGGACACGCAUAACCUGAUAAACUAUGUGUCUUUUAUAAACUACCUCUCAUAUGGAGUCACUAUAGCUGGGUUGCUGUACUACAGAUGGAAGAAACCCAAACUGGUCCGACCCAUCAAGGUAAACUUGUUGGUGCCUUGCAGCUAUCUAGUGUUCUGGGCAGUGUUACUGGGCUUCAGUCUGUACUCGGAGCCAGUGGUGUGUGGCAUGGGCCUGGUGAUCAUGCUCACUGGAGUCCCCAUCUACUUCAUUGGAGUGCAGUGGAAGAACAAACCACACUGGAUUUCCAGAACUGUGGAGAGAGUCACCUAUCUGGGGCAGAGGUUGUGUUAUGUGGUCUUCCCACAGGACGACCCUUCUGAAAUACAGCCUCUUACAGAGAAGUCAGAGCUGUGAGCAUCAACAGAGGACUAGCAAAGACCUGUUUUCCAUC